GAAUAACAUCUCCACUCAACCUUCCCAAGCCAACCCAGUUUUGAAGGGCAAAAAAAAGAGAAGGAAAAUCUCAACCCCAUCGUCUUCUCCACAUCGCCUCGUCGCCGCUGCCGCCCCCCGGUUCGACGAUGCCGUCGCCUGACGCGGCAACGGGCGAAGCGUCCACCCCCCUCAGCACACGCGUCCGCGCCUUCAAGAUACACCCCAAUGUCGUCCGUAACUUUCUCGACCACCACAUCCGCGUCAAGGACCAGGCCGCGCGCUGCGGGGGCAGCUCCUUCUCGUCGAAGUCGAAGGAUGCUGCGAGGAUGUUUGGCUGCGUCAUCGGGAUGAAGAGCGGGCAGACAGUUGAAAUCUUGGACAGCCUGGACCUCCUGCUCGACCCCGUCUCCGGAACCCUCUGCCGCGCCUUGCUGGAGAAGAAGGAGCACUACGAGAAGUUUUUCCCUGGCUCGGUCGUUCUGGGGUGGUAUUCUUCUCGGACUAUGGCAGCUGAGCAGGAUACCGACAUGCAAAUCCACAAAGCCUUGAUGGAUGCCGAGGGAAGAGCUUUCUAUAUUGUACUAAAUCCUGCAAUCUACCUCUCCCAGAUGGAUCUCUGUGUUACUAUUUAUGAUUGUGUGUUGGGCGCUACCGAUGGGAGUCCUCAGCUCAACCUUGUAAAAUUUGACUGUACAACUGAGGUUGGUGUUCUCCUCAAGUGUUUGUUUAGUUAUAGGUAUUAUAGGAUAUCUUCAGACCGUAGCACUGGUUUCAAACGGUGUUUCCUCUGCCCAAACCGAGCCGUCUGCGAUGUGAACCUACUGCCUCUUGAAAAAAUAGAUGUUGCACAACGUCCGCAUCAAGCAUUUAGGACAAUGCUGCUUGAAACACCGUCAGGCUUCGCUAUGUUCAGUGUUUCUGCGCGUCUUCUUAAGUAUCCUGAGGAGAUAUGGUCAUGGUUUACUCGUCUAAGUGAUGCACAUGAUGCCAUAUCUACCCUCGGUUUCAUUAAGGUUCAUGACAAAUCUGUUGCCAGGGAUAGUGAUGUUGGUCCUGGCAAGGACCUGGAAAGAUUUAUCCUAAAAUCCACCACUACACAUGCGUUGAUUGUUCCAGAUGCAGAUCUUAAGUUUGUUAUUGAGAAAAAACUUAAAGUCAUUUGUUGGCUUGAUGCACAUAUUGUUGAUGAGCUGACGUGGGGUCUAAAGUAUGUCCUAGAUAAAUUUUUACCUGAAGAAAAGGAUAGUCCAUGUCAUCUCCCACUCAGCAAGGAAUUGGAGAAGAAGAUCAAAUCAUAUGGAUUCAGUGUCUCGCCACAAGUGAUUGACAGAGAGUUUAUAACCACUGUUGGUUACUUGUACGAACUAGAACUUACUUCAGAGAGUCUCUCUGUGUUCUUGCACCAUAAAUUUGAUGACUGCUUUUAUGGGCGUCGCCUGUCUGACCUAGAGUUUGCAAAAGCCAUUUCAGAUAGACUCAAAUCCUCCGAGGAAAUGAUACCAAACUAUGGCGAGUAUAGCAAACAAGACAUAGUGAGGUUCACUGAUUAUGUUUUGGCGGCUCCUGGUUUGAAAAAUGAUGCUAUAUUAUAUCUCAAGAAACUGGAGAGAGCAGCUCGUAAAUAUCGUUUGGCAGUUCCUGAUGAACAGAAAAAGUCCAUGGAGUUCUUGCGAAAAGCUGAAGCAAGGGACAAGGAGUCGAAACUUGUAGUUAACAUUGAGGCUGCAGCUUCAAAAUCAAAGGCUGUGGGAAAAAAUAAGAAGGAUGAUGACAUCGAUGAUUCCAAGCCAGAGACUAGGAAGAGGGGAGUAGCUGGAAGUGUGUUGAAGAUGCCUGCUUCUAAUAAGAAGGCAAAGGUCGCAACACCGUCCUGCCAGAAGACAGGUGACAACAAGGGGGCUGUCCAUGUGGCAGCUCUGCACCCGGCAAAGAAUACAGGUCAUACCCCUCCAACCAGUGAGAAGUCCCACAAGUUCAGUAGCAUGGAAGUCUUGCAGCAAGUAAAAAAAGAGGUUAUUAUCGAGAGGAUUUUCAGCAAGAAGUGCAGAUUUAUUACCUUGGUGAAAGGCCUGGAAUCGUUUGGUAUAAAUCUGAGUGAUGCUUCAAUGAAGCUUAGAAAGAAGUUUGCUACUCGAGCCUCGGUUUUCAAGGGCCCAACUGAGAAGGAGCAAAUAGCUGUGAAAGGGGACGUAUCAUGUGAUAUUGUGGAGUUCAUUAGAGAUACAUGGUCUGACGUUCCGAAAUCAGCAAUAUAUCUCCGUCGUGGUGGAAGGAAGUUUGCUACUGCUUGAUUAAGUAUUGUGUACAAGGCUGGUGGAAGGAAGUUUGCUACUGCUUGAUUAAGUGUUGUGUACAAGGCAAUACACCAGCGGAGUUAACUUAAUUAUGAAAAUUGCAUAACUUGGACAUUGCUUUGCUUCAUGAUCUUCCAACGUACUCCUACCGGAAGGACCCCAGUACUUCUUUUUAUCGUGUUUUCCCACUGGAUAUUAAGAAUACGUAGAACAAAGGCUGUGCCAUUUCCAUGGUGUAAAUGAGUCAUUAGCAAAUAACAGUAGUGAAAUACUUGUACAAGGUCUAUGUGCAUUGUCCGAAUUCCUCUUAAGCAUCGUUCACAUGAAGAGUGAAAAGGUCUAUGUGUAGAUGUA